AUGUCUACAACCGAUCAACCGGAGUCGGGGGCAAGCAGCAAAGAUAUCAACCAACCCUCAAUCACAACUCCGCAGGAUCAACAGACCACAGCACCAACCACAGAGCUCCAACCCCAACCAGAGCUCGCCGCUGAUACGUCCAUCCCAUCCGUCCAUGAUCAAACACCCGCGAACCAGACCCAGCUCCACCCCGCAACUGGACCCAGUGGCGAAAGCGAAUCCGCCCCCGUGACAACACCACCUACUACCAUCAACCCUCCUCAAACUGUUGACAACGCACCCGCUGUCGCACUGGCACAACCGACUACACCGCCUUCGAUGGAUACCGACGAGCCAAAGACUGCGCCGGAGACCUCAACGGAGCACUCCGAUGACGGCUCCGGGAAGGAAGUCGAGGAUGCUGGCCCGUCGCUGGCGAUAACGCUGCUGUUGACAACGGGGUCGAGGCAUCCGUUUACGAUCGAUGGAAAAUAUCUAAGGAAGCGAUCGGUGAAUGUUGAGAAUUUCGAUCCGUUCUUGAUGAGCGUCUACACCCUCAAGGAGUUGAUCUGGCGCGAAUGGAGAUCUGAUUGGGAGACCCGUCCCUCGUCACCGAGCUCUAUCCGUCUUAUUUCGUUCGGGAAGUUGUUGGAUGAUAAGUCGCCUAUUUCUGACUCCAAGUUCAGCAAGGAACACCCAAACGUCGUCCAUAUGACCGUCAAGCCGCAAGAAGUCGUUGACGAGGAAGACGCAAAGGGAGCGAAGGCACAGUACAGCCGGGAUGGUGAAGCCAGUGAGCGCAGCCCUGGAUGUCGAUGCGUGAUUCUAUAA